GUGUUUGAGGCCGGACCGUUGAUCCUGACGGAACUGUAGCCGCUGACGUAGAAGAAAUCAGGAGACUUCGGUAUCUGACAGAAACACCGGGAAACAUCUCAUUAGAGUUCGGUGGAGCGGUUCGACAGGUUGAAUCYCGUCUGUAAUGUCACUGAGCUGAAGGUCCAGGAUGGAAGAAGGAGCUCCCGCUUUACUCGGUCCCACUCUGUCCCUGUCCACUCUGCGCCUCCUGGUCUCACCCAUCCGUCUGCUUUCUGCUGCCGUCUGGCAGACCGUGGAGCAGAAGAUCGUGUCGGACUAUGGCCUCCUGGAGGAGUUUGUGUUUAUGGUCACAGAGAUUGUUCCUCAGCUUCUGUCACCGAGGCAGCGAGCUGAACUCGUUCUGGGUCUCAGAGCACGACUGAUCCUUGAACUGUGUCGAUCUGAGGACACCGCUGACCUCCAGGGGAUUCAGCCACACCUGGACCGCAUGCAGAACCUCAGAUCUCUGUGGAACGUGGAGUCAGAAAACAACACACCAGACACUCAUUUUGUGGACCUCGUCCAGAACCUGCUGAGAGAUCCAGAAGAGAGAAGGAACUUUUUCCAGGAUGUUUUCCCAGGAGACUUUGGGCCCACGUACGACAAAGCAAUCCAAACACUAAUGUGGUUGUUUCUGUCGAGACUUGAGAAACUUCUUCCUAACCAAACGCUCCAGCAGAUUACUUCACUAAUCUGUGACACCUCAUCUGUUCUAAAUGAGACCAUGGAGACUUUGAUUCAACCUCAAGAUCUCAAAAUUUUACUGGACAUACAAAAGAAACUCAUCCACUUGGACGAUAUCGAGUCUUAUGUUGUCGACAGUGGCAUCUUGUCGGCUCUGUGCCUCCGUCCUGUGGAAAGAGUUGAGAUUGUCAACGAGCAACCCACAACAGACGCAGAGGGCGGUCUCGAGUAUACGAUGUGCUCAGAGAUGGAGGUGGAAUCUGAGAACAAAGGGGUGUACGUGGAGGGAACUAGGGGCUCAGAAGCCUGUGUCCAACCCCAGUGGUUCAGUCUGAGUGGGGAGGUGAARUCAGAAAUGGACAGUGUUGUGGUCACAGAUGCUGCUGAAGGAGCUGAGGCAAGUGAGGGAGAAAUGGCAGAUGACCACCAUGAUGCUCAGUCAGAGACAUUGAUCAUUGGAGAAGAUGGACAGGUGACAGUGCUAGAUGGGGUGGAGAAAAAGCCAAACAAACGUGGGAGGAAAAAGAAACAACCCAUGGACAAAAACUUUGAAGUGGAAAGCAGAGCAAAGGGAGUUAAAGAGGACUCAGAAAUUGAUGUCUUGUGGGAGAGACCCAUACGAAAGAAUCGAGGACUUAAGAUGAAGAGGUACUUGUCACAGUGGAGAAAAUCAARCAAAGCACAGGGCAGUAACGCCAGCAACAGUGGUCCAGCCAAAGCCAACGACUUGGAUGAGAGGACAUGCAAAGUGUGUGGAAAGGUGGUGAGUCAGGCCAAGUUCUUACAGCGACACAUGCUUCAGCACACAGAGGAGCUGCCCAUUGCUUGUCCUGUGUGCCAAAAGUUUUAUAAGAGUUUGCGCUUCUUGCAGCAGCACAGAUGUUCGACCUUACCAAAAGUAGAUCCCAGCAAAAAAACUCURGAGCAAGAGAGCACAGCAGACGAGGGUGAAGAGUCAUCCAGUGGGCCUCCUUGUGAUGAAUUUAAUGAAGAGCAAGCAUUGGACAGUGCAGCCCAAGACAAGGAUGGUCUACCUGAAAGAGAGAGAUCCUCAGGGGAACCAGGAAUGAGCGCCGAUGAAGAUAAGAGCAUGCUUGAAGGUCCGUUCUACUGUCCACACUGCAGUGCUGAGUUCAAGUGCAGACAGACAUUCAGAUUUCAUUUAAGAAACAUUUGCUACACUGAACAGCAAGUAGAUCCUGAGAACCUGGAGGAUGUGAAGCACUGUUUCCGCUGCAGUGAAUGUGACAAGGCGUUUAAGUACAAAUCAACAUUGGAUUCCCAUAAACAGACACACAACCCAUUGUACUGCGAGGUGUGUAUGAAAUUAGUGCGAGACUCGGAAGCCCUGGCCAUGCACAAAGAAUCCCACACACCAUUUCAGUGUAACCGAUGUGAGGAGAACUUCCCAGUUUUCAAAGCCCUUCACAAACAUUACCUUGACGUUCACAACCCCACGGAGCCGUUCAACUGCCCUUACUGCGAGACGACAUUCAGCAGUUUGAARCGUUUCAUCAGGCACGAGUGGAAGCACACUGGUUACCAACCUUUUCAGUGCACUGAGUGCGCAAAAAGGUUUCGCUCCUACUCCGACCUCGUGGAGCAUCAGAAGAAACACACCAAAGCUUACCCGUACCUUUGCUGGGAAUGCGGUAAGAAGUUCAGGCAUGGCGUCACACUGACCAGACAYGUGGAGCGCGUGCAUCACGCCGGGGAACCCACCACCGACAAACCAUCGGCCAUCUUUACCUGCGCUCAGUGUGGCAAGACCUUCACUUCCAGGAGGUGCCUUCUCAAGCACGAUAAUUUUCAUCACAAAGGAAUGAGGUUCCCCUGUGACCACUGUGGAAAGGGYUUUUUUGGCAAGGACGCAUUGGUGAGGCACACGUUGAUCCACACAGGCGAGAGGCCUUUUAAGUGUGAAGACUGCGACAAGUCUUUUCGAUCUGCUGCRGAACUGAAGAUCCACAGGAGAUACCACACAGGGGAAAGACCAUUCAA